UACAGUGGAAACUUAGUAGUGCAGAGAGCUCGGCAGAUUCAGACUGACAGUCCAGCCUCAAUCCUGAGGCUAAUCUCGUUUUGAUUUAACCCAGCACUCCAUGGAGAUCCUUGAGCCUUCAAUGCAGUCUCACUAGUUCCAGAAAGCGACUGAAUUUCCUCCUGCAGAAAUGAAGUACAAGAAUCUUAUGGCAAGAGCCUUGUAUGACAAUGUUCCUGAGUGUGCAGAAGAGUUGGCAUUUCGCAAAGGAGAUAUACUAACUGUGAUUGAGCAGAAUACUGGAGGCCUGGAAGGAUGGUGGCUCUGCUCACUACAUGGAAGGCAAGGCAUUGUUCCAGGCAACCGUGUAAAGCUUCUAAUUGGUCCACUGCAGGAAGGUUCUUCUGGUCAAGACCAACCCUCUUCUGGACUAACUCACCAGAGUUUUGGCUCUCAGAAAGUCUAUCAAGUGCCACACUCACAGGCUUCAUCCCGGGAUGCUGUCUACCAAGUACCACCAUCCUAUCAGAAUCAGGGAAUUUACCAAGUACCUACAGGCCAUGGUGCUGUAGAACAAGAUGUAUACCAGGUGCCACCCUCGGUACAGAGAAGCAUCGGUGGGACGAAUGGUUCUCAUUUAAAUAAAAAGGUGAUCACCCCAGUGAGAACAGGCCAUGGCUAUGUGUAUGAGUUCCCAUCCAAGUACCAAAAGGAUACCUAUGACAUCCCUCCAUCUCAUUCGAUCCAAGGGGUAUAUGACAUCCCCCCAACAUCACUGAAGGGCCCAGUCUUCUCAGCUCCAAUGGGAGAGAUGAAGCCUUCAGGGGUAUAUGAUAUUCCUCCUGUGAAAGGGGUUUAUGCUAUUCCGCCUACUUCCCGAGAUGAAGCGGGACUAAGAGAAAAGGAAUAUGAUUUCCCUCCUAUGAGACAACAAGUAAGACCCGAAGUCAGACCUGAGGGCGUUUAUGACAUCCCCCCUACAAGUACCAAGGCUGUAGGGAAAGACCUUAACGGAAAAUACAACUGUGAUGCUUCAGGAGUCACUGAGCAGGUAUCCCAGAGACACCAAAGCGCUCUUCAAAACCAGCAGCACACGCACCUCGGACAACCCACAGCUUCUCAGAAUGAUGCAUAUGACAUCCCACGAGGAGUUCAGUUUCUUGAGCCACAGGCAGCGGCCAGUGAAAGAUUAAAUGCCGAAGAAAAAGAUGGAGUAUAUGAUGUCCCACCACAGACCACACAGGAGACUAAAGGGUGUCAAGAUGUGAUAGAUGGCAUGAAUAGGCUCUCUUUUUCUAGUACGGGGAGUACCAGGAGCAACAUGUCCACCUCUUCCACAACAUCAAAGGAGUCAUCGUUGUCGGCCUCACCAUCUCAGGACAAAAGGUUGUUACUGCUGGAUCCAGACGCGGCCAUUGAGAGACUUUAUCGGCUUCAGCAGGCUUUAGAGAUGGUUGUGUCCAACCUCACAGCUCUGGUCACCACUGAUUGGAGAUGUUAUGGCUACAUGGAGAGGCACAUCAAUGAGAUCCGCACAGCAGUGGAGAAGGUAGAGCUGUCUUUGAGGGAGUACCUGCAUUUUGCCAAGGGGGCUGUAGCAAAUGCUUCAGGCCUCCCUGAACUCACCCUGCACAACAAAAUGAAGCGAGAACUACAGAGGGUGGAAGAUUCCCACCAGAUUCUAACCCAGACCAGCCAGGAUUUAAAUGGCUGCAGCUGGUCCUUGAACAUUCUGGCUGUCAAUAAACCCCAAAGCAAGUGUGACGACCUUGAUCGGUUUGUGAUGGUGGCAAAGACAGUGCCAGAUGACACCAAACAGCUCACUACCACCAUCAGCACCAAUGCAGAAAUACUCUUCCGAUCAGCCCCAGGCAGUGUGCGGCUAAAGAACGGGCCUGAGCAUGUGACCAGUGCGGCUGACUACCUGCAUACAGGUCCACAGACCCAGCUGAUGCAUCCCAGUGAGCACAAGGCCCAGCCCUAUUGCAAGCCACCGCCCCCAAGCCUAAGCAAGGACCAGCAUCCUGACUGUAAUAGCAAUGACAGCUCCGAGCGGAGCUGGAUGGAUGACUAUGAUUAUGUCCACCUGCAGGGGAAAGAAGAGUUUGAAAGGCAGCAGAAAGAGCUUUUGGAAAAGGAAAAUAUCAUUAAGCAGAACAAGAUGCAGCUGGAACAUCAUCAGAUCAGUCAGUUCCAGCUGUUGGAGCAAGAAAUUACCAAGCCAGUGGAGAAUGACAUCUCAAAGUGGAAGCCCUCCCAGAACCUCCCAGCUAUAAACAGUAGCGUGGGUGCCCAGGACAGACAGCUACUCUUCUUCUACUAUGACCAAUGUGAUACCCAUUACAUCUCCCUUCUCAACGCCAUUGAUGCCCUCUUCAGCUGUGUCAGUUCAGCCCAGCCCCCGAGGAUCUUUGUGGCGCACAGCAAGUUUGUCAUCCUGAGCGCACACAAGCUGGUGUUCAUCGGAGACACGCUAACAAGGCAAGUGGCAGCCCAGGAGAUCCGUAACAAGGUGAUGAACUCUAGUAACCAGCUGUGCGAGCAGCUUAAGAACAUCGUGAUGGCCACCAAGAUGGCUGCCCUACAUUACCCUAGCACGCCCGCUCUGCAAGAAAUGGUACACCAAGUGACGGACUUGUCCAGAAACGCACUGCUGUUCAAGCGUUCAUUGCUAGAGAUGGCAACGUUCUGAGGGGAAAGGGGAAGAGAGACUGAGGGGGUCACAGGAUCAAACUGGAAAUAGUGUCUGGUUUAUGUAAAUACUAUCUAUUUUUGUAGAUGUUUUAUAUGGAAUAUUUUAAAUACGUUUUGUGGAUUAGAGAACAUUCAGGGAGUUGGAGAGGUAAAAUUGUUAUCACUGUUUGGUUUUUAUAUACAUCUGUGUA